AUGCCUCUCAACACCCAAACCACAUCCACUCUGCAAGGCAUCAUUGACAAUGCCUGCUCCGAUCAAAAGACAGGCAUCCCGGGUGCAACCGUCGUAGUGGUCGAUAAAGAUGGCGAGAUCUUUGCCCACUCCGCAGGCAAGCGAGGUCUCAAUACCCAGGAGCCCAUGACUCUAGACAAUGUCUACUGGAUCGCCUCUUGCACCAAAAUGCUUACAGGGGUUGCUUGCAUGCAGCUUGUGGAGCAGGGCAAACUGAAACUCGAUGACGGGGAACAUGUUGAGAACCUCUGUCCUGAACUCAAGAAACUCAAGGUUUUGAAGCCAGAUGGCAGUCUGGAGGAAAAGAAGAAUGUUAUUACUCUUCGCAUGUUGCUAACCCAUACUGCCGGCUUCGGAUAUACCUUUUUUAACGAGAGACUCAGAGAUUGGAGUCGGCCGGCGGGGGUAGAUGAGUUCUCGGGCAGAAUUGAGGAUAUCACGCUGCCGCUUCUUUUCCAGCCCGGCAAAGGCUGGGAGUACGGCGUCGGUAUUGACUGGGCCGGCAUCGCACUUGAACGCGCGACCGGCCAGCGCUUGAAUGACUAUCUCCAGCAGCACGUUUUCCAACCUCUCGGCAUCAAAAACAUGACCAUGCUCCCAGGCCACGCCAUGCGAUCUAAGCUUGCGUACAUGCAUCAACGAGAUCCAGACGGCACGCUUCGAGUUCGGGAUCACCUACAGCGCCUUCCACUAGUAAUUGAUCCCGACAAUGCAUCCGAAGCUGCUUCUGUCUUCAACAGCGGCGGCGCAGGCAUGUUUGCGCAGCCGCAGGAGUACGGAAAGGUGCUCACCAUGCUGCUCAACGGAGGAACAUGCCCAAAGACAGGAACUCAGAUCCUGCGCAAAGAGACGAUUGAUCAAAUGUUUAGCAACAGUGUCGAGAAAUUUCCUGAUUUUGCACGUCAAGGAAUUCCUGCGGCUAAACCGGAGUUGACAAACCCGAUCGGAGAGCUUUUCCCUGUCGAUGGCAAUCCGCCUCAGGGCUGGGGACUGACUUUCUUCCUUACCAACGGUGGUUCAUCUGGGCGAUCCAAAAACACUGUUCAGUGGGCGGGACUUGCGAAUCUUUGGUGGUGGGCUGAUCGGGAUAAUGGUGUUGCUGGAAUUAUAUGCACGCAGAUUCUGCCAUUCGCAGAUGCCAAGGUGUUGGGUCUUUGGGCUGAUGUUGAGAAGGAGGUUUAUAAAGCAAUCUUGUAA